CCUACUAAUGUGGCAUCAGAUCCCAGAAGGCCGUGCUGGUGCUUCCUAUCAGCAUAAAAAACAAAGCGAGAGAAACUGGCAGUGGGGCUUUGUGUUUAUAUUCGCUGUAACAAGAGGAUGUGUUAGCUUUAUAUACUCCUAAUGCUAUACUGCAUUCAAGAAGAAAGCGGUGGUUUUUCCUUCCUAACUGGACUUGAUUUUUCUAAAGAGGAUUUCUCCAUUUUAUUUUUUUUUUUAAUUCAUUUUUUUUUAUCAAAGCAUUGACAAACAUUACUUUUUAAAUAAUGGAGUAUGUAGACCAUCAUAUAACCAAUGUUUAGAUUUUUUUUCACCAUAGUUUCAAAGUGGAGAUCUGUUUGCUAACCACUAUUAGAUUUCUGUUUUUUCAUUGCCUUAUUUUACCUCUUUUUAAUGUUUCCUAAAUAAAUCGCUACAUUAAGAAGAAAUAAUUUCUGUAGCUUUAUGGGAAAUUAAACAUGCCUUUCACUAGCUACAUUUCAUAAAGGAAUCUGUUUUCAUUGGUAGAUUUAUACUGCAAUAUAUAUAUAUAUAUUUUAAAAAAUAUAUAUAUAUAUUUUUUUACUACGUGCUAAUCUCCAACGGCAGUUUGGGCUAUGGGCCGCUUAGAUGAUCAAGCAAAGAAGAGGAUUGUGGUGUUGCGGAAAGCAGGACUAAGCCUCCGUAAGAUCAAAAAGGUCUUGGAGUUGGAUAAUAUCAAGGUCACGCCACAAGCCAUCUACCUGUUCCUGAAACGAAAGAACAUUGAACCUGAGAAGGCUGUUGUUGCACCUCAGGAUCCUAUCCCAAAAGCACAGCCCUGGGAAGACAAACAGCUCUGGAAUCUCUUGCAGGAUAAUAAUGGCCAUAAAAAAGUGACUCAAGCUGCCAGGAGUGUAGGUUCUGUAAGUCAGGCAGAUACAAUUAAGGAGGACGGCAUCAAGAUAGUAAGUGUAACUUCUCUAUCUGAAGGAAACCAUGCUUUCCAGCAUGUAACUAAGACCCAGAGAGCAUCCUCCCAGGGAACAGUGCCAGUAGCGACACGUGAAUGUAUAGUACGGCCCUCUCAACCAGAAGUAAAUAGCCCUAGACCACCCCCAGGCAUGCAGAUGGCCUUCCAGCAGCAGCAUCAGCAGCCUAGCAGAGCAAAAGUUGCACUCCCGCCUUCCAGGAACCCAGUACUAUUAGUAACUAAGAAGAUUGUGGACCGAGCCAUUCACCUACAAAAAAAGGUGAUCUCUCAGAAUGGUUUUACAGUCCCAGCUACUGGUGGUACUUAUUUAGUAUCUUCCUCUGUUCCCUCACAACCACCAACAAUGAAGACGGCAGCGAUACCAUGUACAGGAAGUCAAACUACAACUGUGAGGAGAGAUGCAAGCACACAGACCUCCCAGUUUCUCCCACCAAGACCACCGGUUACUGUAGAGCAAUUUGAUUCCAUGAGAGGGGAACUGCAUAGACUGACACAAACUGUACAAACGCUAAUAGACCGACAGAGCCGAUGGGAGCAGGAACAGCACAGGCAACAGCAAAGCAAUCACCAGGAGGUGAUUCAGCAAAUCCAGCAGCUGGGAGCAACACUUACCAACAGAACUCCACAGAACUGUGCCUCUUAUGGCGGUGGAGAGGAGACACCACUGCCUGAUUUCGGGCAUUUCAAAAUAGAACUCUUAUGAGGGGAACAUGACAGAACUUUAUCCCCUCCAAUGACAGGAGAUGCAGUGGAUUGUCAAUUUAAAGGGACAGUACACUGUAAAAUUGUUUUUCCAUAAAUGUAUUUUAAAUGACUUGUUAUACCAACUGCAGAGUAUAAAAUAUUUGAGAAAUUGCAUUUUCUUUUUUUUGUGUAUCUGAAGUAGCUGGUUUUGUGCUUUGAAACCACAGCCUAUUACAAUGGGUUGAGCUUCAGGUAAUAUCAGAUCUCAUUAUGUUAUCACUUUUAUGUACACAGACUUGCUUCCUUAUCUUAUAUUUGUCUGGAACACCAAAGCUCAAUACAUAGAGAGAACAAUGGAAAAUUAUCAUUUUAUUACUUAACUAUCAUGCCCCCCACUGAGGGUGUAAUCUCUUCUGCUGGCUGUGUUUACUUAGGCUUGUCAAUAGCGUAUACGCCAGUAUCAAAACUUUCAGUAUAGGUUGGGAAACCACAAGCUAAAUCAGCUAUUUCAAAUGCUGAAAUAGGAGUAAAGGAGCCACUUGCAACCAAUUUAAUACACUCUAGCAGGUAAAAAGGAUAAUUGGGAAUAAUUUAAAGGGGAGAAAGUUUUUGGGUGAACUGUCCCUUUAAAUUAGAGGCAUUUGAAGGGUUUCUAAAGCUCUUCUAAUAAUUGGGAAAGUGUGUUUUUUUGAUUAAAAGAUUAAUAUCA